CCGCAAUUAGAGAAAGCCUGCGUGCAGCAACGAAGACCCAAAAAGCAUCCAAUAAAUGAAUUUUAAAAAAAGAAAAGAAUUAUUGGAGAGAAGCAGAUGAACCAGUGUAGUAGAAGGGAAACCGGGGGAGUGUGGUCUCCAUAGUGCAAGUGAAGACAGUGUAUCCAGGGGGAAGUAGUGAUCAACCUGGUCAAAUGCUACUGAGAGGCUAAGAGGAGGGCUGAGAAUAACCAUUAGGUCACUGAUGACUUUGAUAAGCAUAGUUUCAGUGGAGUGUGAGGGUGAAAGAAUGGCUAGAGGGGUUUAAGAAGAGAAAGGGAGGAAAGAUGUUGCAGGCAGCUAGUAGAGAUGGCUAUUUUGAGGAAUUUGCUGCAAAGGUGAGCACAGAAAUGGGGAAAUAGCUGGUGGGGAAAGUGGAGUUGAGAAUCUAUAUUCUAAAGAUGUGGGUUGACUCUUCCCUCAAUACCUACAUCUUGUUGGUUGUCAUUCCAGUCUGUUCUACCCCCAUAGAAUCUCAAAUUUACUUCUCCCCAGCCCAUUACCCCUGCCCUACCUCAGGCCCUCAUCAUCUCUUGUCUGCAUCACUAUAGUAAUAGUACAGUGUGUCCACUGCGCUGUCACCAGUGGGGUCAGCCUGGAAACCACUGGCCACAGUUCUCCCUUGCUGAUUCCUUUCCUAAAGGAGGAAAGUUGGCUAUCUGGAUGGGGGAUGGAUGCUGUUUCCUGUGCCCAAAUCAGGGUCCCAGCAGGAAAGAGAGAACACACUCCAAUUAGAGUAAUGUGAAGAGAAUUUAAUAAAGGGACUUUUCCCAAAGGCAUGGGCAGGGUGUAGGGAACCACAAAGGUUAGUGCAGUUGCCUGAGAUUAGUAACUGCGGGCCCUGUUACCCAGAGGUUUGAAGAGGGUUGGAAAUAGAAGAUAUAGGUUCUGGAAAUCUCUGUGAAGCUGCAGAAUGAGUUUCCCCCAAGAACCUGGAAAUAAGGUGGCCACUGUGAGAUAGAAACCACCCUCCCUCCGCCCCUGAACAGAUAUGAGAGUAAAUCCAAGGUGUAAAUGUGCAUAAAUAUGUGACUGAAGCAUUUGGGAACCAACUAAAGACCAUCAGGGUGGUGACUGGGGGCUCCUCAGUGGGGUGGGGCUACACCAGGCCCCUAGCUGGGUGAGCAGAGAUCCCAUCAAUUGUAUUAAGUGAGCUAAUAAAGGUAAAAUGUUUACAGGAGUCUAGCACUCAGCAAGCACUAAGGAAGUAGCUGCUACUCUUAAAUCCAGCUUGGAGAGAGGCUCUGCGAAUAGAAGAUCAAAGAAAAGGGGUGCCCCCAAAGCAGCUGGGGAAACAUAUUCAGGCUCUUGUCCUGGAGAUACUAGGUUGAACUGCGUCCUUAGAAUCAAGGCUGCCCCUAUGGCGGGGGACAAGAUCUCAAGGCUUCUUGGCUGAGAGACUUAUACCAUCCUUUCUUCCCCUCCUGGGGUUUCCAGGUUCACUGGGCUAAACUGGGCUUCCUAAGAAGCAGCCCAAACUGUCUUGAUCUAUUGAUACAAAUAUUCGGGUCUGCCUGACAGUUGAAUUUCUCUGUGUAAGUUAAUACCUGGGCUUCUGGGGUUUGGACAUAAGCCUGUAUCCUGGCCAAAUGCCAGCUCUGCAUAGGGAAUUGGAUCUAUUCACUGCACCAAUGAAAUUGGUUUUUGGAGCCAGAGACCUGCAUAUUACACCCCUCAAAACAGCCUAAGGUGCCCACCUUUACAGCGCUACCUUGUGCCAGUUAAUCUGCAACAAGUGGGAGGAAUGAGAAUGAGGGGGAAGGAAGUUCUAGUUAGAGCGGUAGACAAGGCUCCAGGGCAUAGCCAGGAAGGCGAGUAGGGCCCAAAGCCUUUGCUUCACCUUAGGUACCUCCUCCUCCAGAAAGCCUUCCUUGAUCCUUGCUCAACCCAGGCUGGAAUAGGUGCCCUCCCAUUCACAUUUCAUGGCACUGGUCUCACCGGGCAGGGAACAUCUCUUUACUUGUCCUGACACAUCUGAGCUUCCGGUAGGUAAGGACAAUGCCUUAUUCACCUCUGUAGACCAAGGGGCCUGGUACAGAAUACUCAGUUAAUGUUUCCUUGAGUGCAAGAUUGAAUGAAUGAGAGACAGAAUGAAUGAAUGAAGGACAAGAGGGUGGACUUGUCAUUUGACAAGAGGGUGUCAAACUCUCCGACUGCCUUGUUGUACUGUAAUCUCCAGUGCCCAGCACAGUGCCUGGCAGAAUCAAUGCCCAGGGUCAAGUUCCCUUUACCUCUUCCCGGAACCCUACCCUGACCACUCCUCUCUCCUGGGUGCUGCUGGCAAAGACAGGACAUCCAGUCUCCGCCGGCCGCCGCACGAAGCAACACGGAACCCGUUCGUGCGCGGUCUUGUUCCCGUCGCUACAGAUGUAGGGUCUUGUCUUCCCCCGCCCCGAAGGAAGUCGCCCAGGACAGGGGUGCUCCUGGCCUUGUCUGGCUAGGGUACUAGGACCCGCAGCAGCCGGUAUCCAAACUAUCCAAACCUUCUCAGGCUUCUUCCAUGAGGGCGCCGCUGGCUCUGGGGCCCCCUCCAGAGAGCAAUCCCCGGGCGGCGCCACGGCCCCGUCGCCCCCGGAGCUGGGGUGGGGGGCAGGGGAACGAGAGGGGGGCGUCUGCGGGUCUCCACGCACACUUCCUCAACCCUCUCUCCGGGGUCCCGGCUCUGGCGCCCUCCUUGUAGCACCGCACUUCACAAACUUUAGGAGUUUGCCUCACUUGCGUCGCGGAAAAGGCAGGAGGGUGACGGAGCCCAGGAGGCGAGGCGGCGGCCGCAGAGUUCCGUCGCGCGGCGCUUAAGCCCCUCGGGGUGAGAGGUGUCUCCCCGCCAGGGCGGACGGGCUGGCCCUAUUCCCCGACCGUCUCCUCUCUCUCUCUCUCGCAUCCCGAUCUCGGCGCAAGUGAGUGAGGGCGACGGCCAGAAGGAAAAGCGAGGAGUAGGCGGCAGCCCCGGCUCCUGCGCCCCAGGCCAGUGGGAGGGCGGAGCCGGGCAGUCCCCGGCCAGCCAGGACGCACGGAAGUGCUGUGGAGUUCGCCCAAUUCCCCAGCCUGCUUUUCCUUCUCCCUCCCUCUCCCCACCCCUCACCUCCUCCCCCUCACCUCCCCCCCCCCUCGGCUAUUCCCUCCUUCCUCGGGACGCCACCUCCCGGAAUCGCCUUUUUUGUUGUUGUUUUGGAGCUGGCUUCUCACUGGCGGCGCAGAGGGGCUGCGAACGCUGGAGAGGAAGGCGGGCUGGGGGCGCAGCCCGCCGCCCACCGGCGGGACCCGGCGGGGCAGAGCGGAGGACGGACAGUCGGCUGGGCGCGCCAUCUGCUCUCCAGAGCUCACUCUCCAAACUCCUGUUGAGUGUGUGCGUGCACGCGAAGGGUGGGGGUCCACGUCCCGCGUGCGGGACUGGUUACCGCGGGGUUACCUGUGGCCGGGGGUCCUUGGACUCAGAUCUGGGUCAGCUUCAGGCUCAGAAACGACUGAGGAAUUAGGCAAACAAAAGAGGCCACUCAGCUAGUGGCCAGAAGUCGCCCGAGCGCCUCGUCGCGUCCCCUCCUUUCCCCCGGGGCGGGGGCCGGUCACUUGGGGGCGGGGAGAGGGCGCCCCAGCCGGCUGGGGGCUGGGGGCCGGGCCGGGCCGCCGGGGUCGAAGCGUUGGCGGCCUGUUGUGUAAGCCUCAGUCCUUGUUUUCCCGGCCUGGCUCGUUGUGAAGCCGGACACAUCCACCCUUGGAUUCGAUUCAGGAGGCUGCUGCUUUUCUCCUUGCCCCUCUCGGAUUUUCUGGAUGUUUGAAAACCCAGUGGCCCAGGAAGAGGAGGAGGAAGGAGGAAGGAGCAGAUCUACAGAGGAAUGUGAGAGCCUCCCAAGGCCUGUGGAGCCAGAAGGAGCUGGGAGCCAGAGCUGCCAGGGUUUCUGGGAUGGUGGUUUCUGAGUGAUUCUCUUCUAUUUUAGAACAUUGUUCCAGUGGAGAGUGUCGAAUUCUUGCCCUCUCAGAGCUGACUUCUCCGAGUCACUUGACUUUGCUUCUGGGAGUGGGAGGAGGAGAGACUCUGCCUUUUAGGGGCUGAGGAAGGAAGGGAGGAAGACCAUGGACAUGAGCUCUCCCUGCCCACAGGCGUGUGCAGGGAGACCUGUUUCUGGGCCGUGGACAUUGCUUUGAAGAGAGGGAGGCUGGACACCAUCUGUGGGUGCUGAGACCCUGCCGUAGGGGCUGAGAGACUGAGGGCUGUGGCAGACCUUGAGUUGCUAGUGCAUUCUUGGACACCCUAGCAAGUGUCCCCAGUUCUGGGCAGGACUCUGUCCUCAUCUUUCUCUACCACUGGCCCAGACAUGGCACUAAAAGGCCGAGCCCUCUAUGACUUCCGCAGCGAGAACAAGGAGGAAAUCAGCAUCCAGCAGGAUGAGGACCUGGUCGUUUUCAGCGAGACCUCGCUGGAUGGAUGGCUGCAGGGCCAGAACAGCCGCGGUGAGACAGGGCUCUUCCCCGCCUCUUACGUGGAGAUCAUCCGUUCUGGCACCAGCUCCAACCAUGCCGACUACUCCAGCAGUCCUGCAGGCUCUCUGGGCACUCAGGUGAGCUUAUACAACAGCUCCAGCGUGGCAGACCCUUCCUGGAGUGGUGGGGGCAGUGGCUUCCUCUCAAACCAGGGUAGUUUCGAGGAGGAUGAUGAUGAUGACUGGGAUGACUGGGAUGAUGGAUGCACAGUGGUGGAGGAGCCACGGGCUGGUGGGCUGGGCGCCAACGGGCACCCCCCACUCAACUUCUCCUACCCUGGUGCCUACCCCAGCCAACACAUGGCCUUCCGGCCCAAGCCACCCCUGGAGCGGCAGGACAGCCUGGCAUCUGCCAAGCGAGGCAGCGUGGUGGGGCGCAACCUCAACCGCUUCUCGUGCUUUGUGCGCUCUGGCGUGGAGGCCUUCAUCCUGGGUGAUGUGCCCAUGAUGGCCAAGAUCGCUGAGACAUACUCCAUUGAAAUGGGCCCUCGCGGCCCCCAGUGGAAGGCCAACCCCCACCCAUUUGCCUGCUCCGUGGAGGACCCCACCAAACAGACCAAAUUCAAGGGCAUCAAAAGCUACAUCUCCUACAAGCUCACACCCACACACGCUGGCUCACCUGUCUACAGGCGCUACAAACACUUCGACUGGCUCUACAACCGCCUGCUGCACAAGUUCACUGUCAUCUCGGUGCCCCACCUGCCAGAGAAGCAGGCCACAGGCCGCUUCGAGGAGGACUUCAUUGAGAAGCGGAAGCGGCGGCUCAUCCUCUGGAUGGACCACAUGACUAGCCACCCCGUGCUGUCCCAGUACGAGGGCUUCCAGCAUUUCCUUAGCUGCCUGGAUGACAAGCAGUGGAAGAUGGGAAAACGCCGGGCCGAGAAGGACGAGAUGGUGGGCGCCAGCUUCCUGCUCACCUUCCAGAUCCCCACGGAGCACCAGGACCUGCAGGAUGUGGAGGACCGUGUGGACACCUUCAAAGCCUUCAGCAAGAAGAUGGACGACAGCGUCCUGCAGCUCAGCACCGUAGCAUCGGAGCUGGUGCGCAAGCAUGUGGGGGGCUUCCGCAAGGAAUUCCAGAAGCUGGGCAAUGCCUUCCAGGCCAUCAGUCAUGCCUUCCAGAUGGACCCCCCCUUCAGCUCCGAAGCCCUCAACAGCGCCAUUUCUCACACGGGCCGUACCUAUGAAGCCGUGGGUGAGAUGUUCGCCGAGCAGCCCAAGAACGACCUCUUCCAGAUGCUCGACACGCUGUCUCUCUACCAGGGCCUGCUCUCCAACUUCCCCGACAUCAUCCACCUGCAGAAAGGUGCCUUUGCCAAGGUGAAGGAGAGCCAGCGCAUGAGUGACGAGGGCCGCAUGGCGCAGGACGAGGCAGAUGGCAUUCGCAGGCGCUGCCGCGUGGUGGGCUUUGCCCUGCAGGCUGAGAUGAACCACUUCCACCAGCGCCGCGAGCUCGACUUCAAGCACAUGAUGCAGAACUACCUGCGCCAGCAGAUCCUCUUCUACCAGCGGGUAGGCCAGCAGCUGGAGAAGACGCUGCACAUGUAUGACAGCCUCUGACCACGUGUCCCUGGUCCUCUCCCCGCCCCUGGGGCCUGGUGGCUGCGGUGCAUGCUGCCCUCCAGACCUUCCCACACCAGCAGUGCCUGGCUGGUCAGGGGUGGGCUUUGGAGGAGUCAUGGAUAUCCCUGGGGAAGUCCCCCACCCCUUAGAGAUAGGGGCACAGCAGGGGUGAGAAUGGGGCCAGGAGCCCUCCAGGCCAAGGCCUGGGCUGCUGGUCAGUCACUUGGGGUCAGGCCAGGGUCUUAGCCUCCCCUAGAGCCUAUAGCGCUCGCUCACCUGGCCACCAUCCCUUUGUUCAUUCAGCAGACGCGCAGGCCUGCUGCGGCCCCGGGUCAGACACUGGGCAUCCAGGGCUGCGACACGCCUGCUCUUGGGGAGUCCCCAGUUGAGGUGGGGGUCAGACCCAGAAACAGGCAGGGGCAAUACAGAAAGAUUGAUGGUAAAUAGCUCGCAGAAGGGACCACUCGUUCUGCCAGUCAGGGAUGACUCCGUGGAGUAGGUGACAUUCAAGUAGUGUCUUGAAGAAUGACAAGGACCUACCAGACAGUAAGUGGGGACAGUAGAUGGGGAGGGCAUUCAGAGGAGAAGAACAGCAUGGGCAAGGCUGUGGAGGCAUGAAAAGAUCCCGUCUUCUCUCCUUUACCUUUCCCAAGCAAGUUUGGUGCCCCCCUCCGUGGUGUCCCCUUGUGUGACAGAGGGGAGGGAUCUGCCUUGCUCCCAUGCCCCUGUCCCCGCCCCACCUCCGCCCCAUCCCCCCUGCAGGAGGGGCUGCAGGCCAACUCCCUCCUGACUCCCCUUCACCAGCUGAGCCCCCUCACCCCUUGGCUAGGGGACCAUGCAGCAUCUUUGCCCUGGGCUCAAGGUGCUAAGACAAGCCUCGGAUCCCAGGACCCUGGUGGCACCUUCCUGGAGGGGACACCCAAAAGUUACUGGGUAUUUGAGUUCACCAGUAAUAGCUCCCACACUCCAGGUAGGCUUGGGCCUCAGGCUCCCAGGGGCCAGCUUACCCACCACCCCAGGGAUCCUGGGCCCACCUGCCCACAGCCAGCCUCACUGUGAUGCCAGCCCAGGUUCUGGUGGGAUUGUGCUGUCUCCCACCCAUGUUUACAUCCUCGAGGGGGCUCCCCCCACACCCCCAGGCCAGGGCGUGGUCCAGCAGUGGGUUGGGGGAACUGACAGGUGCCACUGCUGGCCCCCCCAGGAGGUCGUGGCUGUUCCUGGCUGCUGCUGCUUCAAUCUUCUUUCUUUCUUGUUUUCUUGAUAAACCUUUUACAGUUAAGAUAA